AUGGGCUUUGAGGAAUCCUAUUUUGUGACAGAUUAUGACCCAACCAUUGAAGAUUCCUACACAAAGCAGUGUGUGAUAGAUGAUAGAGCAGCCCGGCUCGAUAUUUUGGAUACAGCAGGACAAGAAGAAUUUGGAGCCAUGAGAGAACAGUAUAUGAGGACUGGUGAGGGUUUCCUGUUGGUCUUUUCAGUCACAGAUAGAGGCAGUUUUGAAGAAAUUUAUAAGUUUCAAAGACAGAUUCUCAGAGUAAAAGAUCGUGAUGAGUUUCCAAUGAUUUUAAUUGGUAAUAAAGCAGAUCUGGAUCAUCAAAGACAGGUAACACAGGAAGAAGGGCAGCAAUUAGCACGGCAACUUAAGGUAACAUACAUGGAGGCAUCAGCAAAAAUUAGGAUGAAUGUAGAUCAAGCUUUUCAUGAACUCGUCCGGGUUAUACGGAAAUUUCAAGAGCAGGAAUGUCCUCCUUCACCAGAACCAACGCGGAAAGAAAAAGACAAGAAAGGCUGCCAUUGUGUCAUUUUCUAAGAAUCCCUUGAGUUUUAGCUAUCAACUGCCGGGAAAAGCCCACAUCGUCUCCUUUUCUCCUUACCGUUUACAUCAUAUUGGUACCUUUCUUAGCCUUAGACAGUGAUCACCAUGUUAGCCUUAGACCAAGAAGCUGGCUAAUUCUUUCUGUGAAGCUAAUACAAUGGUCAUUUCCAAACAAAUUUAAAGGAAACACUAAGGCUGCUUCAAAAAUUAUCUGAUUUCCUUUAAGAUAUAUGUCUAUAUUCAGAGACACAUUCUUUUUUUAAGGGUUUUCAUUUUAAUAGACACAAAUCAGUUUUGGAACCUAAGCUAUUUGCCAAGCUGAAGUCAUAGGUUGUGAAAUAAUUUUUAACUUCUGGAAUCAUGUUGCCUACUGUUACUCUAAAUAGAAACAUAGGGAGUUUUUUAAAAUGUGAAUUUUAAUCUAUCUUUAAAAUUUCAAUGUCAACUCUGGUUAACCUUAAAUACACUGAAUUGAAUCUACAAACGUGAGACAUCUCAGACCUUUACUGAUGCUACAGCUUUUGUUUACCAAUGGCCAAAAUACCAAAAUGCCUAUUGUAUUUAUGGAUUAAAAACUGCUUUAAAAAGCCUUGUUAUUACUCCUACUCUUUAAGAUGAUAAUAUUCUAUGUGGCUAAAUAUUUGGACUCAUUUUGGACUUAGGCAUUUCACUGUACUUGAUUUUGAAAUUCUUUUCACAACCAUGCUAAGUGUAAAAAUGAAUAAUUUCUGUCUUCCUUUUCAAGUAUUUCUGGAUAAGGGAUUCAAAAAAACUAAAACUGUUUUUGUUUGAUGUAAUAUAAAAUAUGGAAUUGAUCUUUCCAGGGUCCGAGAUGAUUAAUGUUUUUGCUAUAUACUUUUAUACAUUAUUUUCUUAUCAAACUAGUUAACAAGUAUUUUUAUAUGUUUGUAAGCAAAUAUGCUUUCACAGCAUAACUUGUGUAUAUGUAAACAUAAGUAUUUAAUUCUCACUGUUCACUUUUAACUGACAAAGAAGAAAAAGUGGAAACUACAGAAACUGUGGUAGAACCUUUACUUGUUGGUCUGGUCCUGGCUGUACCCACCUUUGGCCAGUCACUCAAGACAGCUUCCCAGAAGAGUACAACAGGAUGAGACUCUGAAAUCACUUUCAAUAUCCCCUCCUAGAUAUCGACUGUUAUGUCAAGUAUUACAUGUAAAAUUUUAAAUCGACAAUUAUUAGUAUAAGUGUGGAUGGCUUCUGGUUUUGUUUUUAAUUCUGUGGAUUGUGUUUAAACAAUUCAAAAGUAUGUUCCUGAUUUUGAGAUACUAAGUGGUAUUGCACAGUUGUCACUUUAUUGAAUGUGUACAACAUACCCUUGUAUAGCUUCAGGUGCUAGAAUUAAAGGUGAUCUGUUACCACAA